CUUGACAAUGCAGAUCUUUGUGAAAACUCUCACGGGUAAAACUAUUACCCUUGAGGUUGAGCCCAGUGACACCAUUGAGAAUGUCAAGGCAAAGAUCCAAGACAAAGAAGGCAUCCCCCCUGACCAGCAGAGAUUGAUCUUUGCUGGGAAACAACUGGAAGAUGGCCGUACUCUGUCUGAUUACAACAUCCAGAAAGAAUCCACCCUGCACCUGGUCCUUCGUCUGAGAGGGGGGAUGCAGAUCUUUGUGAAGACCUUAACUGGUAAGACAAUCACCCUUGAAGUAGAGCCUAGUGACACCAUUGAGAAUGUCAAGGCAAAGAUCCAAGACAAGGAAGGCAUCCCCCCUGACCAACAGAGGUUGAUCUUUGCUGGGAAGCAGCUGGAAGAUGGCCGUACCCUGUCUGACUACAACAUCCAGAAAGAAUCCACCCUGCACCUGGUCCUUCGUCUGAGAGGGGGGAUGCAGAUCUUCGUGAAGACCUUGACUGGUAAGACCAUCACCCUUGAAGUAGAGCCCAGUGACACCAUUGAGAACGUCAAGGCGAAGAUCCAAGACAAGGAAGGUAUCCCCCCUGACCAGCAGAGGUUGAUCUUUGCUGGGAAACAGCUGGAAGAUGGGCGUACACUGUCUGACUACAACAUCCAAAAAGAAUCUACCCUGCACUUGGUCCUCCGUUUGAGGGGAGGUGUCUAAGUGAUGCCUCCUUCCUUUUAAGCUUUCAAGAAAUUUCAUUGCACUUUUCUGUCAAUAAAGUUGUUGCAUUCCCAAA